GAGCCAUGUUGCUUGGAAUCAGGUAGCAACAAUCUCUAAGGAAGAGAGUGUCAGUGACGACACCACUAAAGACCCGUAUUGUGUUGGGAUACCGGACCUGCGCCAUAUGAGCGUGUUGAUAAGGUUUCAUAGUGUGUCAUUAAAAAAUGGAUUUUGAGGAAUUAUUUGAUGAGAGGACUUUCUCCUUUUCCGACUUCCAAGAGUUUACGUUUCUUCCUGGUCACCAGAAACUAACAGAACGGGUACGGAAGCGUUUGUAUUAUGGACUGGAUGCAGACUGUACCCUAGAUGCACUUUCAGGUCCUGUUACUGAUAUUGCUGUGGAACUGCUUCACAAAUCUGCACCAAGUCCAAUCCGCAAACUCCACAAGAAGUAUGCAGCACACGUGGCAAGGGAAGCGUGUAUUUCUCCCUGUGCCAUGAUGUUGGCUUUGGUUUACAUUGAAAGGCUGAGACACAGAAACCCUGAGUACCUUCAACAAAUCUCCUCAUCGGACCUCUUUUUGAUCUCAAUGAUGGUUGCCAGCAAGUACCUGUAUGAUGAGGGAGAGGAGGAGGAGGUGUUCAAUGAUGAAUGGGGAGCUGCUGGGAAGCUGGAUGUGCACACUGUUAACAGCCUGGAGAUGAACUUCCUCAAAGCCAUUGACUGGAGUCUCUACGCUGAUCCCAGUGAGUUUUUUGAAAUCUUAAUCCAACUGGAAACCUGUAUUGCAGAAAAGCAGGGUUUGAAGCGAGGCUGGUUUACCUACACUGACCUGUGUGUGUUACUGGAGCAGUCAACAUGGCAACAAGCAUUUACUCACCUGUAUCAGCACUUCACCAAACUGGCCUGCAUGUUCAGCCUGGUUUACCUCACCAGUGUUGCUGGUUUGAUCGCCUCCACAGCUAUACUGCAGCAAAUGUUGUUCCUCAGGGGGAAGCCCCCCUGUACUCUCCUCCAGCAGAGUGAGACUCUGGGCUUUCCAAUGCAGCCCCCGAGCCCUGUGCUGCCCCCUCAGUGUAUCUCCAACUCCGACCUUCGCUGCUGCAUCUGGGGUAAUGACAGUCGAGACCGGCGCUCUGGCAGAGCUACUACAGCACUCUGUUUCUGGGGCUCCUUUCUCCCCACCCUGACCUACUGUCCUGACCCUCAGACUGCCCAAGAGACUGACCAACUCCCCCUUUACUGCCCUAACUGCCUCAAAAUGCCCAAGGAAUCCGGACUACCCCCUAAGUGUGGAAAACACAACACAACAGAAUAUGGCUCUCCCCACGAACAUCUUCCUCUUGGACUGGGCUUGUGGUCUGGACCUCAUGAUGGACAAGGGCUAAACGGCAAGGAGAGCGAUGAGGGUGUCUCCAGGAGACUGGCAGACCCUCUGUUUAGCAGUCUCUCCCCAGAAGCCCUGAGAAUACGCCAGUGUUUUUUGGAUGCAACAGCACCUUUGGGGAAGGUCCAGACCUUCAUUUUGCCAAGCUAGAAUGGGAAGUCCAUUUACAAACCAGCACAUCCGAAUUCUAUUUUAAAAACAGAUUGAAAAUACUCCCUCAAUGUGGGCGCCAUUGUUCUCGUAUUUGUACAUACUGGAACUAGCUGGUUUUCUGCAAUGGAAAGCUAAGCCAUGUGUUUUCUCUCCCUCGUAGUGUAUUGUAAAUAACGUUCUUUACCAACACAGUUUAUCAAGGGUUUAACUACAGAUUACAUUAUAGUAGGGCAGUGUCUCUUUGGAAACAGGCUCAAAGGGCUAUUGUGAAAUAACUUUAUACAAAGUUUUCCCGUCACACCUAAAAUCAUAUCCGCCAGCAUGAUCUGCACAUAUGUAGAGAUUGUGAAUUGUGCAUAUAACCAUUCAUGGAAGAGCAUGGAAUGUUGGCUUUCACUCCUGAAAAUACAUCUAUACAAUAUACUUUUGUUUUUAUUCCAUCUUUGUUAUAUGACAACAUUAAUUUAAACUUGUCAUAACUAAAGGUUAAAAAUCCAGUUGACCACCCUGAUUUAUCUGCGCUGCGUUAGUUGGUGGCCCUGUUUUGUUCAAUUUGUCAUUUCUACUUUGAGGUAAAUAUUUAAGUCUGUGUCAUUCACCUAUGGUAUAAUGUAUUUUACUGGAUUUUGAACUGAAAAGUAUUCAGAGACAAUGCAUCAGAACUAAAAAGUUCUGCUGCACAGAAAAGGAAGUGGUGAAAAAGGUACCGGUUUGGAAAAUAGAUUUUAAAACCUUGGUGGCAACAAGAAGACAUCACAGUGUAGACAAGUAGCCACUAGAUAUAAAAUGUGUUUGUUGAGCUGAGAUGCAAUUCUUCGUGGACUUAAAGGGUACAUAAGGACCUUUUAUAUUUUAUUGUUACAUAUUACCAUGUGUUGCUACAACUGUUUACGUAAGGUUGUGUGUAUUGUUUUAAUUUUUUUUACAUUUUGACCACUUUUAAACUUUUUAAAUUGCAUUCCCUGCCUCAAAAUGGCUUCCAAUGUACCUGCAUGGACCUCUCAGAACUACAUUUCCCAUCAUCCUCCUCACCUCACUGGUAAAUCUAUCUCAGUUACAUAUGUGAGCAGGAGGAUGAUAGAAAAUGUAGUUCUGAGAGGUCCAUGCAGGUACAUGGGAAGCCAUCUUGAGGCAGGGAAUGCAAUUUAGAAAGUUUAAAAAAGUGGUCAAAAUGUAAAAAGAAAAAAGAAAAAGAAAAAAAAAUACACACACCUUACGUAAACAGUUAUAGCAACACUUGGGAACAUGAACACAAUAAAAUAAAAGGUCCUUAUGUACCCUUUAAAAGGCAGGUUGCAGAGCUUUUCCCCAUCCCGACUGGAGGAUUUCAAUUGCGUACAAGAGGUGAUACUUUAAGGCACUUGAGUUUGUGGUUUUGUGUUCUUUAGCAUUAUGGUGAAGGGAUUUCAGUGUAUUGAAAUUUUAGCAUUUCCAGCUAUAGGAAAUGCCUAAUAUUGGGGUAAUUUUUGAAAUACUUAAACUGCGUCUAUAAUAAAUGAAUUUGUGGUUGUGGAAAUGUUCUGUACUAAGCUAACACUCCCUUGCUGAACCUGCAAGUCUUGACAGUAAUCCAGCCACCUUUAUUUAAAAAAGCAUCUGCUUUCAAAGGCCUUGUGAAGAUGAUGGUGGUGGGGCUGUGAGAGCCAGUUCUGAAGAGGCUCAGAGAAUGUGCUGAUGAGCAAACCUGGAAGCUAGGCACUUUUGAUUUACAUGUUAAUGGAGUGAAGGGAUUUGGCAUGGUAAUACCAAGGGAGACAGAAAGUUACUUGGGGUUUAUUAUUUGGAAUGUAAGAUUGGUUUGUGCUUUGUUCAAUUGUAUUUUCAUUUUGUUUUUAAAAUGGCACACUUUACUGGGAAACAUAAUGUAAUACUCCUGUUCUACAAGUUUUAAAUGCAAGCUGGGAAUAAACUGAAAUAUAUAUAUAGAGAUUUUCUAUAUCUAUAUCUCCAUGCAAGUACUAUACAUGGAAAAGCAUAUGUUGUGUAUGAUGCUGCAUAUUUGGAAACAUUAAUCUGAGUUGUCCUUGAUUUUCAGUCAUCUUGGUUGGUGCUUCAGUGCAUUUUUGAAUAGUAGAUCAUUAUAAAUAGUUAUUUACCUUAUGAAAAUUAACCUUGCAUUUAAGAUUAGUAUCUUGUUUUUUUGGCAGGUAGCAGGUUGUGUUUUCUGGGGUUUAAAGUUGUCGGUAGCUUGAGGCAUGCAGAUGAUAUUAAUAUGAGAGGGUAUAUGGUAUUUAAAACAUAUUUAAAAACACGGUACUCAUCCACAGCCCAUCUAGCCACACAAACAUGUAACUUGUAUAUAAAUAUGAAAUUUAGACUGAUAUACAGUAUUUUGUUUUUAGCACUUUUCCUUAACUUCAGCCCAUUCUGAUCUCUGUUAAAGUGAGGUACACUGUUCACUUGUGUGUUGAUUUUAAGUGAUGUUCUAAAACAAAACCAACAAUGAAAAAGGCUGUUCGCAUUGGUUGCAUGUUUGGACACACCUUGUUCUGUAUUAUUUAACAGAUUCCUAGUGGUACCCCAGAUUAAGCCUUAAGACGGACCCACACUACCAAAACAAUACACGCUGAUUGUUGAUUGUUAUUCACAGUCUUGUUUUCAAAACAUGAUUCUUGUGUAUUAUUCAGGUAGAUUGAUGUGGGACCCACAGUAUUCUGGGGGGAAAAUGCUCGAAACAUGUAGACUUUUUGUUUUGUAUGAGAUCCAGGUGUCAGUUAGUUAUGUGAUUGUCCCUCUAUUUAGCAGCAAAAACUACUAACAUACUUGACAAAAAACAUGAUUGCUGUUAUUUAAUUUGAAAUAAUAUUUGCAAAGAGAUUAAUCUGAAUGAGCUCUCCAUUUUAAUGAACUUGUUUAGUGCAAGGGGUGGUUGAGUACAUGCAAAUUGUACAUGCAAUGACCCGCGUGCAAGGUUGCAUAAUAGCAGGUUUUAUUACGCAAAGGCAGAAUGUAAACCUUGCUGUAUAAACUUUUGUAUCAUGCUGUGUUUAAUUGAAAUGUGUUGUGUAAUUUUAAUUGAAAUGUGUUUUACUGCACAUGAAAGUAAUGGACAAUACAGACAAAAGGGUUGCCUGUCUAAAGUGUAUUGUUAAGGGAAGUUAUCAGUUUUCUGUGAAAAAUGCUGUGUAAUGCUCUUUUAUAUAUUCUAGUUCUUCACUUCUAAAGUUCAUGUGAACACAGUCCUCAUGACACCACUGUCACUGAUUUAAUAGGGUGCUAGCUAUACACACUGCAUUUGCACUGACACAGCACUUCACAAUAACCCCAAUCAUCAUAACACCACUGUCACUGAUUUAAUAGGGUGCUAUACACACUUCUGAUGGCACUUCAGGUAUGAAAAUAUAAUGAGAAUUAAACUUGGAAAUCACACUUCACUGUUAAUAUAGGGUUUCUCAAUAGGGUUGACAUUCAAGUUGAAUCCGCAUUCUCUUCAUAGACUUGUCAGUAGUGCAGUUUUGUUGGGUUUUUUUAGUUCCUUUUCCAAUAAACUGGUUUUGGGAUUCAUAACUCCAAUACUGCUCAAUCUCCUCAAAGCUUGUCUUGUUGAGUAAAACAUCUUCUAAUAAACUUGGGGUAUAUCUUAACUUCGUGUAUAUAUUGUGCCUCAGUUGUUUUGGUACAAGAGAUAAAAAUGUAACUUUAUUUUAUAUACUAUGUACAAUAUCAAAUGUCUGAUAUGAAACACAUUUUUCCCAUUAAAAUGACCCAUGCCACAUU